GGUUCAAGAUCACUGUGAGGACAGAGACACACCUGACAGCUUUGUUCCUUCUUCCUCUCCUGAAAGCGUGGUGGGAAUGGAAAUAAGUAGGUAUCCAGACUUGUCAGUUGUAAAGGAGGAGAACCCAGAACCUGUACCAUCUCCCAUCAUCCCCAUCCUGCCAAGCAGUACUGGAAAAGGUUCAGAAGCCAAAAGGAAUUAUAUAAAAUCAGAACCUGGUUCAGGAGCAUUACCGGGUUCUGGCUUCUUUGCCUCUCAGCUUGGACCAUCCCAGAAUGGUCCUAAAUCUGGCCUUAUAUCUGUAGCAAUUACUUUACAUCCCACAGCUGCUGAGAACAUCAGUAGCGUUGUAGCAGCAUUCUCCAACCUGCUCCACGUCAGAAUUCCCAACAGCUAUGAGGUCAGUAACGCUCCCGACAUCCCAUCCUCCAUGGCAAGUGCCAGCAGUCACCGGGUGAACCCCUCGAUGGAGUACAGGCAGAACCUGCUGCUUCAGGGUCCCCAGGCAGCAGCCAUGGGGCCUGCCAGGAUCGUGGGGUCUUACGGGCUGAAACAGCCUAAUGUGCCAUUUCCUGCAAACAGCAACGGUAUAGCUGGCUAUAAGGAUCACAGCCAGAACAUUGCAGAAGGCUCAGCACUGAGACCUCGAUGGUGCUCUCACUGCAAAGUUGUGGUCCUUGGCAGUGGAGUGCGCAAGUCCUUCAAAGAUCUGCCUUUCCUCAGACAGGAUUCCCAAGAAGGCUCUGAUAAAACGAAGGACAUCGUAUUCUGUAGCAACAACUGCUUUGUUCUUUAUUCAGCAGCUGUGCAAGCAAAAAACUCAGAGAACAAAGAGUCGGUUCCAUCUUUGCCGCAGUCGCCAAUGAAGGAUAGGCCGCCCAAAGCCUUCCACCAGUACAGCAACAACAUCUCCACGCUGGACGUCCACUGCCUGCCCCAGCUGCAGGAAAAGGUUUCUCCGCCAUCGUCGCCCCCCAUCAUGUUCCCCCCCGCCUUUGAGGCAGCCAAGGUAGAGGCGAAACCGGACGAGCUCAAGGUAACGGUGAAGCUAAAGCCGAGGUUAAAAGCAAUACACAGCAGUCUCGACGACUGCCGGCCUCCAAGUAAGAAAUGGAAGGGUAUGAAGUGGAAGAAGUGGAGCAUUCAGAUCGUGAUUCCUAAAGGAUCGUUCAAACCUCCUUGUGAAGAAGAAAUAGACGAAUUUCUUAAAAAACUGGGCACGACCCUUAAACCAGAUCCUGUGCCUAAAGACUACAGGAAAUGUUGCUUCUGUCACGAGGAAGGUGAUGGAUUAACUGAUGGACCAGCAAGGCUUCUGAACCUGGAUUUAGACCUUUGGGUCCAUUUGAACUGCGCUCUUUGGUCUACAGAAGUCUACGAGACACAAGCUGGUGCCUUAAUAAACGUGGAACUGGCGCUGCGAAGAGGCUUGCAAAUGAAAUGCAUGUUCUGUCACAAAAUGGGUGCCACCAGCGGUUGUCACAGGUUAAGGUGCACCAAUAUUUAUCACUUUACCUGUGCCAUUAAAGCACAAUGCAUGUUUUUUAAAGACAAGACCAUGCUUUGCCCCAUGCACAAACCAAAGGGAACUCACGAGCAAGAACUCAGUUACUUCGCGGUCUUCAGGAGGGUCUACGUUCAGCGCGACGAGGUGCGGCAGAUCGCCAGCAUCGUUCAGCGAGGGGAGCGGGACCACACUUUCCGCGUGGGAAGCCUGAUUUUCCACGCCGUUGGGCAGCUGCUGCCACAGCAGAUGCAGGCCUUCCACUCCUCCAAAGCACUCUUCCCCGUGGGGUAUGAGGCCAGCCGCCUGUACUGGAGCAUGCGGUACGCAAACAGGCGCUGCCGCUACCUCUGCUCCAUCGAGGAGAAGGACGGGCUCCCCUUAUUUGUCAUCAAGGUGGUGGAGCAGGGGCACGAGGAUCUGGUCCUGACUGACACGACACCGAAAGGUGUGUGGGACAAGAUCCUGGAGCCCGUUGCUUCUGUGAGAAAGGAAUCGGAAAUGCUGCAGCUGUUUCCCGGCUAUCUGAAGGGCGAAGACCUCUUUGGUUUGACAGUCUCUGCAGUGGCCAGGAUUGCCGAAUCGCUGCCAGGGGUCGAGGCCUGCGAGAACUACACUUUCCGCUAUGGCCGAAACCCCUUAAUGGAGCUCCCUCUUGCCAUCAACCCCACGGGCUGUGCCCGUGCCGAGCCUAAAAUGAGUACCCAUGUCAAGAGGCCUCACACCUUGAAUAGCACCAGCACAUCCAAGUCAUUUCAGAGCACAGUCACGGGAGAGCUGAACGCGCCUUACAGCAAGCAGUUCGUCCACUCCAAGUCCUCUCAGUACCGCAAAAUGAAAACCGAGUGGAAGUCCAACGUGUAUCUGGCUCGCUCGCGCAUCCAGGGCCUGGGCCUGUACGCUGCUAGAGACAUUGAGAAGCACACUAUGGUCAUCGAAUACAUCGGAACCAUUAUCCGCAACGAGGUAGCAAACAGGAAGGAGAAGCUUUAUGAGUCUCAGAACCGUGGCGUGUACAUGUUCCGCAUUGACAAUGACCACGUCAUCGAUGCCACCCUGACGGGAGGUCCUGCAAGGUACAUCAACCAUUCGUGUGCACCCAACUGCGUGGCUGAGGUGGUGACUUUUGAGAGAGGACACAAGAUCAUCAUCAGCUCCAGCAGGAGAAUCCAGAAGGGGGAGGAGCUUUGCUAUGACUACAAGUUUGAUUUUGAAGACGACCAGCACAAGAUUCCAUGUCACUGUGGAGCUGUCAACUGCCGAAAGUGGAUGAACUAGAAUGCAUUCCUUGCUGUCUCUGAGGGUUGCUUGUCCCUAGGAAGAAGUGAUUCACGUUUUGAUUUUGUCGACAGAAAAAAUGUUGCCUUUUUCAAGGGGAAAAAAAGAAAAAUUUUAAAAAAAAAAUCAUUUCUGGAAGUACAGAUUUCUACUCAAGUAUUUAAAAAGAAAAAAUUAAAGAAAAAAAAAGAAAAAAAAAAAGAAGCAAGCACCAGAAGCAAGCCGGCAAAAUCGGAAGCGAACUUUCCAGACGCAUGGAGGUUAAACUGAAUUAACAGAAUGGUCCAGCACUUUUGUUUUUGAGCUCACUAAGGAGAAACUGUUUAACUUGGGCAAAGAACCGAUGGCCGACCUGCGGGGGCGCAGGUGGGCACAAAUGAAUGUAAGACUGAAAUCACCAGCGAAAGGGAGAAGUCCAAAGUGCUGGCCACAGCCUUAUUUGAUAAAGGGGCAGGCCCUCUAAUUAAAGAAAAAUUUUAAAUAAAAGUAGACACCACUGAACAAGGAAUGUACUGAAACGACUUCCUUAGGGAUAGAGCUAAGGGAAAAAAUAACUUGCACUAAAAUACAUUUAAAUACUUGAUUCCAUGAGUCAGUUUAUUGUAGUUUUUGAUUUCUGUAAAAUAAGAGAACCUUUUUGUAUUUAUUAUUGAAUAAGUGAAUGAAGCUAUUUUUAAAAAGAAAGUUAGAAGAAAGCCAAGCUGCUGCUGUUACCUGCAGAACUAACAAACUCUGUUACUUUGUACAAAAGUGUAAAUAUUUUGAGAAAAAAAAAAAUACAGUAUAAAAAUAGUUAUUGACCAAAUGCUACCAGACUCUGCAGCAGUUCGGGUGCUUCUUACCAACCGUUGUCAGUAGGGAUGUCACAAUAUGAUCUCGUGCUACCGGACAGGGGACGACAAUGACGGCAUAACCAAAAUCUCAGUUUAAAGAGAGGGGUUUUUAUGUUUCAAGCAGUCUCAACUGUGGUCUUACUAGAAUUUUUUUAAGUAAACCUUAAGCCCGGGAAGGGCCGUGUAUAUUGCAGCUCUGACUUUUGUAGAUGUUUGGGUAAUCUAGCUUAAUUUUAUUUGUAUUAUAUUGUUGCAUCCCUAUUUCUUAAGUCAGGUUUUUUGUGCUUACAAUUUGUGAUAACUGUGAAUAACUGCUAAAACCACCCAAAACAGAGGCUGGACAUGGGUUUUUUCUUCAGCAAAAGUAGUCCAGAUUAGGUGACUGUUCAGCCUGCGUUAAAUCACGUAAACAGCGUAGAACCACGUAGUUGGAGCUUCGGUCUGAGACGAUCGCCUUCGGAAAAAGAAAACAAGGAAAAAAAUUAGACGUAAUGUGCUUGCAGCUGCAGGACUCUGGCAAUAGGGGUUUGGAAGAUGUAAUUUAAAGAUGUGUUUGUAUGGAUUGUUUUUGUUUACAUUUCUUUAAAAAAAAUAAACACUGUUUUGUGUUUGCUUGUAGAAAUUUAAUCAGCAUUUUGAACCAGGUUAGCUUUUUAUUUUGUACUUAAAAUUCUGGUACUGACACUUCACAGGCUAAAUAUAAAAAAAAAAAAUGAAGUUUUUUUUUGUGUGCACAAUUAAAGUGGACUGUAAACUGUUGGUAUAUUCAGUGAUACAGUUCUGAACUUGUAAUGUAUAUGGCAUGAUGUAUUUUUAUCUUACAGAAUAAAUCAAUUGUAUAUAUUUUUCUCUUGAUAAAUAGCUGUAUGAAAUUGUUUCUUGAAUAUUUUUCUUCUCUUGUACAAUAUUCCAACAUCCUACCAGUAUUUGUCCUACAGUUUUUUUUCUGUUCUGUAUAAUAGUAUCUAAUGUUGGCAAAAAAAAUACAAAAACACCACAAAAAAA